UAUGCCUGCUGUCACAUCUUUCUUUGCCCUGCAAAGAAUUACAGUCAGAAUGGGGACAGCAUUCUAUAUACUGAUUCUUUUUGCAUUUUUGACUUCUACAGGUCGGACAACUACAGUGUCCCUCAGAUCAACACAAACAACUCAAGCUUAUCCUCUGAGAUCAACAAUGACAUCUCCAGCAGUUAAUUCUACAUCACGUCCAGCAGUUAAUUUUACAACACGUUCAGUUAAUCAAACAACAUUUCCAGGAUACUACCCUGUCCGGCUUGUGGGUGGAUAUAAUAAUUGUUCUGGACGUGUGGAAAUUUUCUACAACAAUGCCUGGGGUACAGUUUGUGAUGACAACUGGGACAUAAAUGAUGCAAAUAUUGUAUGCAGACAGCUGAAUUGUGGAUAUGCAAAUGCAGCUUUAGGAAAUGCAUAUUUUGGACAAGGCUCUGGCUACAUUCUGCUUGACGGUAUCAAUUGUUAUGGAUAUGAAAACUAUAUUUGGCAGUGCCCGCACAAUGGCUGGGGAUCUCAUGACUGUAGUUCUUCUGAAGAUUCUUCUGUGAUCUGCUCAGGCCCACAAGGAUCAACAACAACAUCUACAGCAGUUAAUUCUACAUCACGUCCAGUUAAUUUUACAACACGUUCAGUUAAUCAAACAACAUUUCCAGCAGUUAAUUCUACAUCACGUCCAGCAGUUAAUUUUACAACACGUUCAGUUAAUCAAACAACAUUUCCAGGAUACUACCCUGUCCGGCUUGUGGGUGGAUAUAAUAAUUGUUCUGGACGUGUGGAAAUUUUCUACAACAAUGCCUGGGGUACAGUUUGUGAUGACAACUACAUAAAUGAUGCAAAUAUUAUAUGCAGACAGCUGAAUUGUGGAUAUGCAAAUGCAGCUUUAGGAAAUGCAUAUUUUGGACAAGGCUCUGGCUACAUUCUGCUUGACGGUAUCAAUUGUUAUGGAUAUGAAAACUAUAUUUGGCAGUGCCCGCACAAUGGCUGGGGAUCUCAUGACUGUAGUUCUUCUGAAGAUUCUUCUGUGAUCUGCUCAGGCCCACAAGGAUCAACAACAACAUCUACAGCAGUUAAUUCUACAUCACGUCCAGUUAAUUUUACAACACGUUCAGUUAAUCAAACAACAUUUCCAGCAGUUAAUUCUACAUCACGUCCAGCAGUUAAUUUUACAACACGUUCAGUUAAUCAAACAACAUUUCCAGGAUACUACCCUGUCCGGCUUGUGGGUGGAUAUAAUAAUUGUUCUGGACGUGUGGAAAUUUUCUACAACAAUGCCUGGGGUACAGUUUGUGAUGACAACUGGGACAUAAAUGAUGCAAAUAUUAUAUGCAGACAGCUGAAUUGUGGAUAUGCAAAUGCAGCUUUAGGAAAUGCAUAUUUUGGACAAGGCUCUGGCUACAUUCUGCUUGACGGUAUCAAUUGUUAUGGAUAUGAAAACUAUAUUUGGCAGUGCCCGCACAAUGGCUGGGGAUCUCAUGACUGUAGUUCUUCUGAAGAUUCUUCUGUGAUCUGCUCAGCAGUUAAUUCUACAUCACGUCCAGUUAAUUUUACAACACGUUCAGUUAAUCAAACAACAUUUCCAGUGACCUAUGCUGUCCGCCUUGUGGGUGGUAGGGACAGGUGUGCAGGACGUGUGGAAAUAAACUACAAUGGUACCUGGGGUACAGUGUGUGAUGACAACUGGGACCUAACUGAUGCUACUGUUGUUUGUAGACAACUAAACUGUGGAUCUGCUAUUUCUGCUUUACAAAAUGCAUAUUUUGGACAAGGCUCUGGACAAAUUUUCUUAGAUGACUUAAAUUGCUAUGGAUAUGAAUACUAUCUUUAUCAGUGUCCUCAUAUUGGCUGGGGAGUUCACAACUGUGUGCAUUCUGAGGACGCUGGAGUCAUCUGCUCAUAUUCUUCUGAAAGGCCCCCCGAAGUAUAUCCAGCAGUUAAUUCUACAUCACGUCCAGCAGUUAAUUAUACAACACGUUCAGUUAAUCAAACAACACUUCCAGUGACCUAUGCUGUUCGCCUUGUGGGUGGUAUGGAUAGGUGUUCAGGACGUGUGGAAAUAAACUACAAUGGUACCUGGGGUACAGUGUGUGAUGAUAGCUGGGACCUAACUGAUGCUACUGUUGUUUGUAGACAACUAAACUGUGGAUCUGCUAUUUCUGCUUUACAAAAUGCAUAUUUUGGACAAGGCUCUGGACAAAUUUUCUUAGAUGACUUAAAUUGCUACGGAUAUGAAAACUAUCUUUAUCAGUGUCCUCAUAUUGGCUGGGGAGUUCACAACUGUGUGCAUUCUGAGGAUGCUGGAGUCAUCUGCUCAUCUGUUAAUUCUACAACACAACCAGCUGUUAAUUCUACAACACAAACAGGUUUCCAAAACAUCAGCAACUGGGUAACAUCUGCUCCCAACUACACUUGUGGUGGUGUUCUGACAAACCCCAAUGGAGUUUUCUAUAGCCCUAAUUUCCCGAGUGCUUAUCCUAAUAAUGCCUACUGUUUCUGGGAAAUACGUGUCAGCCCUGGUCAUCACGUGGAGCUUCAGUUUCAACAAUUUGACUUGGAGGUAGGAUCUGGAUGUGUAUACGACUCUGUGACUAUAUAUGAUGGCCUCCCACUGACCUCUCCUCUGAUUGCAAAAAUAUGCACACCUGGUCAAAACACUUCAUUCAUCUCUACCUCAAAUAUAAUGGGUGUUGUAUUCCAAACUGAUUCUAGCGUCCAGUCAUCUGGUUUCCAGGCUGUUUAUACAUCAACAAACAGAAACAGCAGCUUGCCAGUGAAUUGUGGGGGAAUCAUAACAAACCAUUGGGGGUACAUUGAGAGCCCAUCCUACCCCUAUUCAUACAGUGCUGCAGAUUGUGUAUGGUAUUUACAAGUUGGACCUGGCAAUGUAAUCCAGAUACAGUUUACAGAUGUUAUACUUGAAAACUCACCUUUGUGUUCAUCUGGAUUUGUGGCAAUUUAUGAUGGGCCGCCCCAAAACUCUCCGUUACUUGGGAAAUUUUGUGGAUACUACAGGCUCAAUUUUACCUCCACCUCAAACAGUUUAAGUGUUGUCUACUCAAGUAGAGCAACGAGUGCAAACGUAAGAGGGUUUCGUGCACACUACGUUUCUGCAUAUCAAAGUAAUCAGAAUGUGACUCUCUCGUGUAUGUCAGAUCACAUGCAAGCUCAGAUUUCAUUAUGGUACCUUCAGUCUGUGGGGUUUUCAGGAGAUGAUCUUUUCUUGAAUGAUCCUUAUUGUCGUCCAGUCAUUUACGGCAGAUGGGUGACCUUUGACAUAUAUUACAAUCAAUGUGGUACAACAAGACAGGGUGAAAAUGACAUCAUAAGCUACUCAAACACAGUACAUGGUUAUCAUUCUGGUCAAAUAAUUGAACGCGGAAGAAAGCUAAACUUAAACCUUCAUUGUCAGAUGUACCAGGACACAAUGGUGGAAGUCUUGUACUAUUCUGAUGAUACUGUGAAUUAUGACCUAACACAACAAGGCUUAUAUUCUGUUAGCAUGUCCUUCUAUGGGAGUCCAAGCUUCAAUAAUCCUGUAUAUCAAUCACCAUUCUUUGUCCAACUCAACCAGGACUUAUAUCUUCAAGCCACAUUACACAGUUCUGAUCCUGAUCUCAUCUUGUUCAUAAACACAUGUGUGGCAUCACCAGAUCACAACGAUUUUGAAACUCAAACUUAUGACUUAAUACGGAAUGGGUGUGUCAAAGACUCCACCUAUACAGUGUACCAAUCUCCGUACUCAUAUCAAGUUCGAUUUGGAUUCAAUGCCUUUGGAUUUGUCAGCCAAUAUUCCACUGUUUAUUUGCAGUGCAAGCUGACAGUAUGUCCAAAAUACACAUAUUCAAGAUGCACACAGGGUUGUAUAACCAGACAUAGGAGGGCUGCAGAACCAUCCCAUGAAGAGCAUACGGUUUUGCUUGGACCCAUUCAACUUUUAAUCUAAAGAAUAAAUGUCAAAAUCAAAUUCUAAUCUUUCAAAUUAUAGUAUUUUCUUUAAUUUUUCUAAGCUCUCUGUUAAAUAAUUAUAUAAUCACUCUAUUACUCUAUUAUUUGGAUAAUACUUAGAAUAGGUAUAUGAAAAAUACUUGUACCUUUUUAUAUGUUAUUUUUAAUUGAUUAAAAAUAUAUCAUAGAAAAA